CAUCUCAUCACAACUUCCUAUCCUAUACUAUAUAUAAUAAAACCUACAACUCCGAAAGGUUUAGAUCUCUCUCAUUCUAUUUGCAACUGAGUAGUAUUUGUAAAAACAAAAACAUAAAUGGCACGCUUAGAAAUGCACAACUCCAUAAAUGGUGCUGCAAGAAUCUCUUUCUCUAACGAGUUUGUCGAAAUCAGAUCGGAGAAGAGUAAUGCUAAGAUCAACAACAUUAGCUCGAGAAGCUCUUUCUCCAUGCACUCUGCUGAUUUCGCUUUCUCUGUCACCGACUACCUCAUGAUUCCCGCCGAUGAGAUCUUCCUCAAAGGAAAGAUCUUACCUUUUAAGGAGACCAGUCACGUCCACAGAACACUAAAAGAAGAGCUUCUUUUGGAAGAAGAGGGUUCUGUCGUCGAUCGCAACAUCUUUUCCCUCAGGCCAAUAUCGUUAUCUUCUUCAUCUUUUUCUACAAAGGGCACGUGGAGGGAGAUGUUGGGCCUUAAGAGGACUCAUGUUAGAUCUAAGAUCACUGAUGAAGUCAGUGAGGCAAAUAUUUUCUCACUGAGUCAAGAUCACAAAACAAUCUCAGGAAAUGUUGCGAGGAAGGAGUGUCAAGUUGCAGAUACAUGAUGAACAAAUUGUAGAGCUCUCAUUUUGGUUUCUAGAAAUUAAUUUAGAUUAUUUAUGAUAAUCAAGAUUAACUGUAUCUAUAUGUUCUUUGGGGGAGAAGAUGGUUCCAACAAGUAUUUUUGGUUCACGUGUUUUGUUGUUCUUGUCAGUGUUUUGUUUUGUUGUAGAAACAAUAAUUUAGUCGGAACGUCUCUGUUUUUCAUGCAAGUGAUGAUUUGUGUGUAUAAGAAAAAGAAAAAAAAGAAGUUUUUAUCACUUUUAGUUUACAAGUUGUAAACAUGGACUUGUUUCGCGAUUUUUUAUCAGAAACAUGUACUAAGACAGCUUAAACACACAAUGAAAUACAUAUAGAAGCUCAUAAAACUUCUGUCAAAAGAAUGUAGU